CUCUUUAAGAAUGAAGCUGAAAUUGGAUCCUCUCGUUCCCUCACCUCCACGUAACGUACAGCCAUCAUCAACACACAUCGGUUCACAUCAUCAUCCUCAACAUGUUCUCACCGUCGCGCGCGUAUAAAACACACACGCAUCGCAGGUUGAGAUUAUUAUAAGGACCACCCGUUUCUCCGUUUGAUAUGAAAUCAUGUAUUUCAUAUCGCCGUGGAGAGAGGAGAAUCCUGCAUGUGUCUGAUUGACGAAAAACACGGAUUUUUAUCAGCCCAUGUUUUCAGACACCAUGCACAACUAACCAACAGACACCAUUGAUGAUCGAUAAGAGUGGGGUCGGGUGGCCAUGGACCCCUUCAGCCAGCUGAUCCUGCUCAUCUCGGUGGUGAGUUUUUGCACCUUCCAGUGGCUCUUUCACAGCGUGAGCCCAUGGGCGUCAUCCAGAAUCAGCCCUGGCUUCCUCAAACUCACCCACAAACAGAAGAUCGAGUGGAACUCAAGGACCGUGUCCACGCUCCACGCCCUGUUAGUUGGCCUUUUCUGCCUCUACAUCCUGUUCUUCGAUGAGGCCGUCAAUCAGGACCCCGUAUGGGGAGAUCCUACUCUGGUGAAGAUAAACGUGAGCAUUACUACAGGCUACCUCAUAUCUGAUCUGCUGCUUAUAUUUUACUAUUGGAGAGCAAUAGGAGACAAGUUUUUUGUAAUCCACCACCUGGCAGCAUUGUAUGCUUACUACUAUGUACUGGGUCAAGGAAUGUUGCCUUAUUUUGCUAACUUCCGUCUGCUUGCAGAGUUUUCCACACCGUGUGUAAACAAACGCUGGUUCUUUGAAGUAUUAGGUUACCCCAAAGCCUCCAAGCCCAACAUGGCUAACGGGGUACUGAUGGCAGCCGUGUUUUUCCUGGUGCGGAUCGCCGUCAUGCCGGUAUACUACAGUCGAAUGUGCUCAGUGUACGGCACAGAGGCCUUCUACAAGGUCUCCUUCGGCGGCCGUAGCGCUUGGAUCUUCUCCAGCAUCUGCCUGGACAUCAUGAACGUCAUGUGGAUGCAUAAAAUCGCUCGCGGCUGCUACAAAGUCCUGCGUUCCAGCCGGAGAUGCAAACCCGAGAGCCAGGAGAAUGGAAAAACCGAUUGAGCGAAAAGAAAGGACAUUAGAAUUUUACACCAUUUGCUCACAGACAGGGUCGUUGUCUUAUUGACGGUCUUCAUGGGACACUAUGGUGUGAUAGUUGAAAACCACCCCAGAGCAAUAUUUAACAGAGUUAAGACCUGACACUCUGACAAAAUGUCAAAUUGAGAUCUAGUACACCAGAAAAGACUGGCCGCCCACUUUUAUUUUGUGUUUGUUUUGAAACUGUACACCAAAAAGUGCAAACGAUGCACUGUUCGAGUUCACCGGCUGAACUGUAUUUUAACCAUGUUUGGUUUUAAUUUGAAACUGUGGGCAGGUAAACCACAUUAUUUAUUCAUCAAAGUUCAGUCCCUCGCUCUCAAUCACUGUACUGUGCAAAGGGGCCAAGCGGUCAGUCACCUGAUGUUCACGUUUACUUCAAAGCCGCUUAUAUUGACUGUGAAAGAUUCGUCCACACAACUCCACUGCACUAAACGAGGAAAAUCGGCAAUCUGGAUCAGUGUACUCAACAAGAAUCUCCUGGAAAAUUAAAAUCACAUACUUGUGAUGUAUUAGAUAUUUUAACGGAUGCACAGAUGAGAUCCAACUGUGGGUUAAAUAGGCAAAAUAUUUUAUAUAUACAAGAUAUGAGCAUUGAUGCAUUGUGAUUGCAUUAAUACAGAACUGUUUUUAAGAAUGAAACCGGUUUACACUUGCUCCAGAUUCUGUUCAGAUUUCACUCCGUUCCCAUGAAACGGAUGUCAUGCUUUGUUCACACUGUACAGUUAAUUGCAUGCGGCGAUGUUGUUCUCUGAAUGUUUGCAUUGUACAUAGAAAUGUUAUUGAACAUACGGUAAUUAUUUUAAUUACGUUGGUGUACAGUGCAUCCGAUCAAUACUGAACUUAAAUGAUCGAUUAUGAUAUGGGAAUGGUUUUAAAAGCAAUUUCAAAAGAGUAGAGAAGAGUGUAGCUCGUGAAUGUUCAAGGACUUCUCAACGUCGGAUCAUUUUCCUGCAUCGUACACUCUUAAAAAUAAAGGUGCUUCACGAUGCCAUA